UAUAGCACGUUCGUGGUAUAUAGCUUAUUUACUAAUGGCGACUAAGUCAUGGUUAAAACGCAUUCAAAAUGCUAAAAAGACCGCAAUCAUACAGAAUGGAAAUAGAAAAGUUCAUUUUCUAAUGGAAGAUGGGAAAGAAAUGGUUGAAGAAUAUAAUAUGAAUACAAAUGUAUUAGUACGCAGGGCAUGGAAAGAAAAAAAAUAUUUUACUGAAACUGCUGGUUGGAUUGUGGAAGUAGGUGAUCCAGAACCUAAACUGAAUAAUAUAGAAACUUUUGGGAUACAGGAAAGUUCAAGCACUCCAUUCAUUACUAGAAGAAUUACGAGAACUGCUUUGGAAUGGAGAAUAAGGAAUUUACCUUAUCCAAUAUCUGUUUAUUCAGUAACAGUGGAAAAAGAUGAUACUAUUACUAUACGUACGAGCAACAAAAAAUAUUUUAAGAAACUCAAAGUUCCAGAUUUAGAACGUAUUCAUUUGAAACCUGAACAAGAUAGAAUUACGUAUACUCAUCAAUACAACACUCUUAUUAUCACGUAUAAGAAACCACCCGCAUUAUUGGACUUGGAAAAACAAAUAUUAAAAGAAAUUCUAUCAUUGAAAGCAACAAACGACGGAGAAGUACAGUGCCCGACAACUUCUUCAAAUAUUUAUUGCGAAGAUUAAAUAUCUGCUUUUGCGACAAUAUAAUAUAUAUAUAUAUAUAUAUAUAAAUAUCAUGUAAGUUUUCCGGGGUGAGUAUGCAAAAUUACACUAAUGAAAAUUUUGCAUUUCAAAUUAAAGAAUGUUAUAGGUAUACAUUGGCAAACAAACAAAAUCUCCAAAAAGAAUUCUCAAUAUU